GGAAAAUCCACAGAAAUCAAUUGGACUAUAUAAAGACUGAGCCAGCUUCAUCAAAUCAAACAGUUUCAUUGGAAUAAUCGAUAAGUUAAAAUUAAAAACUAUUAUACCAAUCAAAAUGUAUUCUAAAUUGUUAAUUAGUGUAUUUCUUUUGACAUUCGGUAUUAUUUAUAUCAAAGCCGACGGACAUGCACACUCAUUUCAACACAAUCAUGGUCCAGUGAUUGGUGACCAUCAAGAAGUGACGUGGACUGAUAAACAUGGUCAUCAUCAUCAUGAUUACGUAGCACAUCCUCAUUAUGAAUAUGCUUACGGAGUUAAAGAUGAUCAUACUGGUGAUUAUCAUGGUCAAAAAGAACAUCGAGAUGGCGAUGAAGUUCAUGGAGAAUACACCAUCAAAGAGCCUGGCGGUAAUUUCAGAACUGUCAAGUACCACGCAGGCAAAGACGGUUUUCAUGCUCAUGUUCACAACAGCAAUGGAAAUGACCACAGUGGAGACGGCCAUCGCUAACAAUUAAUUUUAUACUACGAUACAUUACUUUGAUUCAAAUAAAUUUUUUUUUUUAUUUGGA